AUGUCUACCAACAAUUCAUCCAGCUGGUCAACUGCUUUAUUACCUGGGAUUUAUGGUUUAGAUACAAGAAGAUCCACAGUUACCAAAGAAACACCAUAUGAAAUUAUGUUUGGACAAAGACUAAUAUCAGAUUCUGAAUUUUGGAAAUUAGUUCAUGAAGCUGGCAUCGAUGAUGAAGAAAAUCUUCCAACUCCAGUAGACGAAAUAAAUAAUGACAUGAUUGAUGAUACCCCUGAUGAUGAAGUUAAUGCUAAUCAAGAUAUUGAUAAUGACGCUGCUGAAUUAGUUGUGCAAUUAUCUGAAGAUGCUCACUCAUAUUCUUCAGAAAGAUCACCGACAAAAUUAACUAUUACAUCAACAGCAUCAGUAUCUUCAUCAACUGCUGUAACAACACCUACCACACAUGAUAAAAUUCGUAAAAAUACUACUGAUCAUUAUCUUGUUACUGCAAAUAAGAAAAUCUCAGAAAGAAAAAAAGGUGUUAUACUGAACUUUUUAGGGUUCUAA